CCCGCGUCACUCUGAGAGUGGAGCCGGAAGUCGGGACGUGGCCGGCGCUGUGAGCGGGGGGAGGAUGGCGGUGGUGAGCAGCGCAGAGAGGCUGGAGGUCUCCAUUGACGGCUUGACGCUGACCCCGGAUCCCGAGGAACCUGCGGUUGGGGAGAGAAGGGUUGACAUGGAGGAGCCGACGCCACAGGAUGACACGGAGGCCCAGAGCUUGGAGCAGCGCUGGGGCUUCAGUCUGGAGGAGCUCUAUGGUCUGGCCCUCAAGUUCUUUAAAGAGAAGGACGGGAAGGCUUUCCACCCAACCUACGAAGAGAAGCUGAAGCUGGUGGCGCUGCACAAACAAGUUCUCCUGGGGCCCUACAACCCGGACACCUGCCCUGAGGUCGGCUUCUUCGAUGUUCUGGGCAAUGAUCGGAGGAAAGAAUGGGCCGCCCUGGGCAACCUGAGCAAGCAAGAAGCCAUGACGGAGUUUGUCACCCUGCUGAACACCUGCUGCCACCUCUUCUCCCCGUACGUCACCUCCCACAAAAUAGAGAAAGAAGAGCAAGAGCGAAAGAGGAGGGAGGAGGAGGAGCGGAGAAGGCGGGAAGAAGAGGAGCGUCAGCGCCUGCGACGGGAGGAGGAGAGACGGAGGAAAGAGGAGGAGGAGAGACGGAGGAGGGAGGAGGAGGAGAGGAUGCGUGCAGAGGAUGAGCGGUUUCGAAUGGAGCAGCAGAAGCAGCAGAUCAUGGCUGCUCUGAACUCCCAGACCGCCGUGCAGUUUCAGCAGUAUGCGGCCCAGCAAUACCCGGGGAACUUCGAGCAACAACAGAUCCUGAUCCGACAACUGCAGGAGCAGCACUACCAGCAGUACAUGCAGCAGCUCUACCAAGUGCAGCUCGCCCAGCAACAGGCGGCCUUACAGAAACAACAGGAGGCGCUGUCAGCAGGAAGCCGCUCUCCAGUAACUUCUCCAGCCAAGGUGAACACGGGAACUGUCACAGGGUCCGGAGAAUCCCCCUCGGUCAACGGGCAAACUCAUCCACACAUAGACGGCACUGAGACAGAACUGGAGGCCGACCCAUUGGAGGACCUGCUGGAGAAUGGACCUAAAGCAGAGUCCACGCCGGUCAUCGCUGCUCCUUCUAUGUGGACAAGACCCCAAAUUAAAGACUUCAAAGAGAAGAUCCGGCAAGACGCGGACUCGGUCAUCACCGUGGGAAGAGGAGAGGUGGUCACAGUCCGCGUCCCCACACACGAGGAGGGCUCCUAUCUUUUCUGGGAGUUUGCCACGGAUAACUUUGACAUUGGUUUUGGGGUUUACUUUGAAUGGACAGACUCCCCAAACACGACUGUGAGUGUGCACGUCAGCGAGUCCAGCGAGGACGAGGAGGAGGAUGAAGAAAACCCCAACAACGAAGAGAAAGCCAAAAAGAACGCCACCAAGCCUCAGCUGGAUGAGAUUGUGCCGGUCUACAGGCGGGAUUGUCACGAAGAGGUGUACGCCGGCAGCCACCAGUACCCCGGCCGAGGGGUCUACCUGCUCAAAUUUGACAACUCUUACUCCUUGUGGCGUUCAAAAUCUGUGUACUACAGAGUGUACUAUACUAGAUAAAGGAGGGUGGGAGGGGCCAGGGCAGCGAGUCGAUCACGUGUUGCUGGAUCCUUUUCAAUCAGUGUUGCCUCCCCAUUUCUCCACUUUCCGUCAUGUGGCGGACGGCGGCUCUUGGCGCAAAACUAAUUCAAGCGUGCUCUGAUUUAACCCUUUCAGUGUCACAACACCCCGUGACAGCGAAAGGGGUUAAAAGAAAAAAUUUGGCUGCGCCUGCACCUUUUGGUUUUUGUCUUCACACCUGUAUGGAGUUCUUAAUUAUUAUUCUUAUUUUAAGUGAGCCUCGCCCGGCAUCUCAUGAUCUGUUCGUAAGACAAGUGUGCAUGGGAAGCGCCACCAGGGGGGGUGUCCCCUCUGCCAUCGUGUUUGGUACCAGGGUAAUGAGUGCCCCCCCCUUAGGACUGGUAAAUGUCCAUGCAGGCUCUGCAUAGAGGAAGGUAUGGAGUGUGCACAGGUCUAUGCGUCAUCACUAGCUCAAUACUGAUGGUUUCUUCUCCGCUGCAAAGUCAGAGACUCUCCGGUGUCCGCCGCCAGCAGGGGGCGUCGGAGGGUUGUGGUGGAAGUCUAUCUGUUCUCUCAUCAAUCAGUCUAUGAUUUUGUCUCGAUCUUGUACUAUGUAAAAUAUGUAACAAUAUGAAAGAUGGUUUAUAAUUAUAAUAAUAAUCGUAUGGAAUAAUCUGUCCUGUGUCAUGUAAAGUGUGUAAGCACUACACCUCCCACAAUGCCACGCAGCAGAGCAUGCGCUGUCUUAGACGGUGUUGCAGCAGGGGGUGCGGAGGGUGGAGUCUGAGAAAGGAACAGAAAAUCAGCAGAAUUGUGAGUGCAGCUCUGGAUGUGACAUAUUUGCAAGUUUUUGCAUUGUUUAGAUAGAUUUGACCUGUAAAAUGCUGUACAGCAGAGCUGAUCCAGUAUGUUGUGUUAUCGUAUAGGGGAGGGAUCAGCAACCUCUGGCACUCCUGCUGCUGUGAAACUACAACUCCCAGCAUGCACACUUACUCGACGGUUCUUGUAACUCCUAUAGAAGUGAAAGCAGGAUUCUGGGAGUUGUAGUUUCAGAACAGCUGGAGUCCCGGAGGUUGCUGAUCUCUGGUCUAGGGGAAUGCACAGUAGGGUAGAUGUCACAGCGCCACAGUCUCCUGCUGUUGCAAAACUAUAACUCCCAGCAUGCCACAGGUUGUCAGGGCAUGCUGGGAGUUAUAGUUUCACCACUGUUGGAUAGUCCAAACUGCUUUUUAAAUACUGACUUGCACUAAUACUUUUUAUUUAAAUGCUGGUUUUCUAUGAAGGGGUUAAAUUGAUGUCCGAAGUCAAGGACAACGAUAUGGCCACCGAUGCACGUACAGUAAGGUUGUUGCCUGGCUUUCUUAGAUCUCUGAACAUUAAAAGGGUUUUCUGAAA